CUUGGUUCAACAUUUCUUGGUUCAACACCUGGCUCUGAGCUUUCUGUUGAGGAGCGAAAUCUUCUCUCUGUCGCUUACAAUUACGUGAUUGGCUCACUUCGAGCUGCUUGGCGGAUUGUUUCUUCCAUCGAGCAAAAGGAGGAGAGUCGUAAGAAUGAAGAGCAUGUUGUUCUUGUUAAGGAUUAUAGAUCAAAGGUUGAGUCUGAGCUUUCCGAUGUCUGCGCGAGUAUUUUGCAGCUUUUGGACUCGAAUCUUAUUCCAUCUGCCUCUGCUAGUGAGUCUAAGGUCUUCUACUUGAAGAUGAAAGGGGAUUACCAUAGGUAUUUGGCGGAGUUUAAGGUUGGAGAUGAGAGAAAAGCUGCUGCUGAGGAUACUAUGUUGGCUUAUAGGGCUGCUCAGGAUGUCGCAGUUGCGGAUCUUGCUCCCACUCAUCCGAUCAGGCUGGGGCUGGCACUCAAUUUCUCCGUGUUUUACUUCGAGAUUCUGAAUCAGUCCGAUAAAGCAUGUAGCAUGGCCAAGGAGGUAAGUUUGAUCCUUCAUGUGGCAUUCCCAUUGUAUAUCAUGUCUCUUUGUUUUAUCACCGAUCACCGAGAGGAAUGGGUUGAUUCCAGCACACUUUUGCUUUUUUCACUAGGACCUCCUUUUGUAGAUCUUUGUCAUUUGUAA